AUGAGUCAGUACGCAACACAACCCAAAAAUCAGCGUUCCGGGGAGAAUUUAGAGUAUUCGUCACCCCAGGAAUCUGGUGCAACGCCUUCUGUGUCCCUGAACCAGCGAAACAGUAUUUUAGAUCCACAUCUUUCCGUGUUGCACCUUUUAGAGCGGGCUGAGCAGCAUGUACCAGCGUCUUCCGCCGAAACCGUAAAAUUCAGAAAGCCAGACUUUCUACGAUCACCAUCACCUCCGAAAACGUGUGCUUCAGAAGUGAUGCAUCGCAGCAUCUCCGAUUCCUGGCAAUCGAUCAGGCACAUUGAUUACUCUAUUCUCACUUUGUUCAAUGAAAACUCUUCUUCUGAGAAGCAGCAACAGCAACAGCAACAGUCUGAGCAACAACAGCAACAGCAACAGCUGGCGGGUAUUCUUUCAUCGUCUGAUACCUCAGAAGACGAACCUGACCAUUUUUUGUCCCCAUCCCCUAACCAUUAUAGUUUCAGUGGCAAUGCAAAUGCUAUUUUCUCAGAACCACCACACGCACUAGAAACCCCAGCAUUAGCAGCGUACCGCGAAUCUGGAAUUCAUUUUGCGAAAACAGGCAGUCAAAGUUUAAGUGGUCAAGAUACCAUAAAGGACAACGAUGUCGAUAAUGAGACAGUAACUUUGAGUCUGAUGAAGUCGUCUAACUCGUUUGUUAUGCCCAAGUUGUCCGUCCUGAAACCAUGCCAAAAGUUCUGCAUUUUGAUCGUUGGCAAGCCCGCUCAACGGUUUUACCGCGAUAUCCCACGGUCGUAUCGUAAAUUGUUUGAUUUCUGUGAAUCAGACAGCCUCGACUCACACGAGCUAAAUCAGUACAGCGCCGUUAUGAUUAUAUUCACCGAACCAAAAAAUGAGCCACCCCUUCUUGAGAAAGUGGCUUCUCAAAACAACAAUAUCAUUGCCGUAUGUCAGCGUGGACAACAACAACAGAUAUCGGGCCUGCUAAGCGGAUAUUCGCGCUCGUACGAUCUACGUUUGAUUUACCAUCUGACCGUAAUGUCCGACCAUCAGGACGUCCAUCGGUUGCUGCGCUAUCUUCACAGCUUGAGUUCUGACGCGGAUUCUGGCUACGAAACCGAAAUGGGAUCUCGAAAAAUCCGCAAGCGUCGUAAAUCUCAGAAAAAAAAAUCCACUAACGUCAGUGUCAAUCGAUGGGUAGUCUGGAGCUUAUCGCUGACCCUCGGCGUGGGUAUUGGGUACUGCAUUUCAUGUGUUUUGUCCUCUGCAGUGUCAAUUCGGGGCGGCAAACUAUCCAUUGUUUCUCCGGGAGAGACUUCCGGCUUGGACGACAUCCCGGUCUCCUCCCAUGAGCAUAGUUUUGAAAAUUAUAUUCGCCAGCUGGUUCUGGCAUGCAAAAAGGCCGUUAAACAGGUCAAUGUAUCCGUGAAGCAGUACAUGAACGGCCACUCCCUGCUGGUGCUUUGGAUGCAACGGAUGGGCAAAGAGUGGAUGUCUGAAGACCCCGAAUCUUCUUUACCUGGCGUGGCAGCGUUAGACCUAGUUUUGAUGUGA